ACCUCUAAUAUUCCUCGGCUUUCCAUUUCAUUUGAACAUCUUCCUCCUCUGACUCUCUUUCUCCCUCUCUCUCCCCUUGAUUUUCAAGAUGAACGACCUGCUCACAGAUUCAUUUGUUAGUGAUGCCAAGGGUCAGCCUUCCAGAGAAAGCGAUAUCGAAAUGGGAACACGUGUCCCAGGGAACAACCCUGAUAUGGGAAUGGCUGCUUUCAAUAAACAGGUAGAAGAGGUCGAGAAACAGGUGCAGAAAGUCUCCAUGCUUCUUAAACAACUAAAGGAUGCUAAUGAGGAGUCAAAGUCUGUUACAAAAGCAUCCACCAUGAAAGCUAUUAAGAAGCGGAUGGAGAAAGAUAUUGAUGAAGUUGGAAAGAUUGCACGAAGUGUCAAAGGAAAACUAGAAGCAAUUAGCAAAGAAAACAUCUCCAAUCGACAAAAGCCUGGUUGUGAAAAGGGAACGGCUGUAGACAGAGCAAGGAUGAACAUGACAAAUUCCUUGAUGAAAAAGUUUAAGGACCUAAUGACAGAGUUUCAGACGCUUAGGCAGAGAAUCCAGGAUGAAUAUCGCGAGGUUGUGGAGCGACGAGUUGUUACAGUCACAGGAACUAGACCAGAUGAUGAGACAAUUGACCACCUGAUAGAAACUGGAAAUAGUGAGAAAAUCUUUCAGGAGGCAAUCCAUGAAAUGGGACGAGGACAGAUAGUAAAUACCGUUGAAGAAAUUCAGGAGAGACAUGAUGCUGUGAAAGAAAUUGAGAAAAAGCUGCUAGACCUGCAUCAGAUUUACCUUGAUAUGGCGGUAUUAGUUGAGGCUCAAGGAGAGAUAUUGGAUAACAUUGAAAACCAGGUGACAAAUACAGUGGACCAUCUGCGAUCGGGUACAGAAGCUCUCCAAACUGCAAAGAGUUUGCAGAAGAAGUCAAGAAAGUGCAUGAUGAUUGCCAUCAUAUUGCUCUUGGUUAUUGCACUCAUCAUCGUCCUCUCGAUUGUGAGACCAUGGGAAUGACAACAGAGCAAAUCGCAUCUCAUCUGUCCAGUCUGCCUUAAAGAGGGGGAAAAAAACCCAUCUGCAUACUCUCGUACAAACAUUCCAGAAUAUAUAUUAGAAAUAAAAAGAAAACUAGUACAAUUUGUAUUAUUUCUUUCUUUCUUUUCCCUUUUCAAUUAAAUUGCAUCUCUGUAUUCUAUUACUUUUGAGAUAGAUUAACAAAUAAAAGAAGUUGGCACAUGCGCUUUUGCUUGUUUGUCUCUGAAUUGGGUUGUACAAUGCUUGCAAGGCUGCUUCUCUCCCUUACUUACUCCAACAUCCUUGCUUCUCUCUCAUUACUUAACAUCCAUAAUUUUAAUAUAACUAUUUCUCCUAUUUGGGCAAUGAUAGCAGAUGCUAAUGAACUGAGAUUGGAUUUGAAGGACUGCAUAUUCUUGAGGUAAGAUCAUAUUUCUCAAUCUUUAACAAAUGUAUAUCGAAGUUAAGUAAUGAGAAAUAGUUAUAUUUAUCAUGCAUAGGUAGAAAUAUUUAUAUUAACAAAUAGAUCUCUACAAAGUAGGGCUUUUUCAAAGAUGCAUGGUUUUCUUCUCUAUAUAUGUUCGACAAAUGAUCACUCUUAUAAUUGCUUUGGAAUUCUCUCGACUAAUUUCAAUGCAAAUGUAUAAUGCGAUUCAAAUAAGGGUUUCACUAAAUUUAGACUCAUCAAUACCUGAAGGGACUUAAAGCAUACCAACUUGUGUGUGCAUCAAAUAUAUGAUGGAAUAGAGAUGAGAGAGUCAGCUCGCGUGUCCAUUACACCCUUCACACCAGCUAUUAUGGAGAAAACCUAGCUAACACUUGCCCAGUUAAUCAAGCGGUGCUACUAGUUCCUAACCAUUGUUAUAAGCCAUGAGAUGACAAACUCACCC